AUGGCUGAACGGGUUGAUCCUGUUGUCGAGGCUUCCAACAAGUCACCAGUAUUUGACACAAAGCCAGCAGGAGAUGAUGGCAUCCAACGAGCAGAUGGUAUCUCGGGAUUGUAUGAAGGAAAUGUCUUCGAGACAACACCCGACAACCGUCGUCAGAUUGGCAUUUUCAGUGCUGCUUUCUUAAUCUUUAACCGCGUGAUUGGCACGGGUAUCUUCGCUACACCGGGCACUAUCCUUAGACUGACUGGUAGUGUCGGACUUGCAUUGUUCAUGUGGGUUGCUGGCACUAUUAUUGCUCUGGCUGGGACAGCAGUGUACCUAGAAUGGGGUACUGCAAUUCCAAAAAACGGAGGCGAAAAGAACUACCUCGAAUACGUUUAUAAAAAGCCCAAAUUCCUGGCCACUGUUAUGUUUGCCGCCUAUGCCGUGUUACUUGGAUGGGCGGCAAGUAACAGCACUGUUUUCGGUCAAUACAUCCUCAACGCAGCAGAUGUUGAGGUCGGACGAUGGAAUCAACGUGGAAUUGGCCUGGCCUGUCUCACUGCCGCCUUUCUUAUCCACUCCGUUGCCUUGAAAUGGGGUAUUCGCCUUCAGAAUGUGCUUGGUGUUUUCAAGUUGGUUAUCGUCUUGUUCAUCAUUGUUUGCGGGUUUGUGGCACUUGGUGGCCACACAAAGGCUGAGACGCCGCAUAACUUCACCAAUGCCUUCGAAGGCACCGAGGGAAGCGGAUACGGAAUUGUCAUGGCGUUGUACAACGUUAUCUGGUCCUUUAUUGGUUAUUCGAAUGCCAACUAUGCCUUGAGCGAGACAAAGAACCCAGCCCGCACGUUGAAGAUUGCAGCCCCCAUUGCUAUUAUAUCCGUUGGCAUUUUAUAUAUGUUUGUCAACAUUGCCUAUUUCGCUGCUGUCUCAAAAGAAGAUAUGCUCAGCUCUGGCACCAUUGUGGCCGGCGUUUUCUUCAGAAACAUGUUCGGCAAACAGGCCGAGAGAGUCAUGUCUGUCUUUGUGGCUCUCUCUGCAUUUGGCAAUGUGUUAUCCGUCAUUUUCUCACAAGGACGACUUGUCCAAGAGCUCGGCCGUGAAGGUGUCUUGCCCUUUUCCAAGAUCUGGGCUAGUAACUGGCCUUUCCACUCGCCAGCAGCUGGCCUGCUUGAGCAUUAUAUUGUAUCAGCCGUUAUCCUGCUCGCCCCCCCUCCCGGUGAUGCGUACAACUUCCUCCUUAACCUCAUCUCUUACCCUCUCUCAAUUGUCAAUUUCUUCGUAGCCGCUGGCCUCGUUCAUAUCUACCUCACCAAAGAGAAGAAUUACCCGAACUGGGCGCCCGGAGUCCGUGCCACCCUACCCGUCACCAUCUUCUUCAUGCUGUCGAACCUGUACCUCGCGAUUGCGCCAUAUGUGCCGCCAAGCGGUGGCGAGAAUGUGUAUCAGCAACUACCAUACUACCUACACUGUGUGGUAGCCUUGGCGCUUUUCGGAGCAGGAGCAAUCUACUACGUUGUAUGGGCAGUGUUGAUGCCUCGGUUUGGUGGAUAUGUGCUCGUCAAGGAGUCUGUCGUGGAUGCCGAUGGAUGGUCUCGCAGUGUUUUUACGCGACUACCGCAGGCCCAAGCAUUGCAUUCUUAG